AUGAUACAUUCACGACAUGGACUGGAAACUAGUGUCUAUUUACCGCCCGAAAUGGCUUCAAAAGUCUUGGAAUAUUUACAACACUAUUAUCUCUUGGAGAAGGCUCAGUUUCAUGCUCUUGUACCAGUAUUAACACUUGAAUGGAACUUGGCAAAUGAACAAAAUGUCCAAGAUUCGUGGUUUGAUCACAUACCGAACUCGACGCUGGAGAAAGUGAAGCGGAUUAAUGUCUCGGGAUGCAUUCAUUUGCAACAUUUAGGAUCAGAUAAACAACAGACAGUCAAGUUACCAGAACUUAUUGUUGCCUUGUUUCAAGGAUGCUCAGGACUAUUGAGACAGUCGAUCGAGAUGUUGAUACUUUCGACAAAAUUGACCGUACUUGACUUGUCGGGUUGUCUCAAUUUGGACGACAAAUGUCUUGGAAAACUUACCACGUUGGAACAUUUGAAAUCCUUACAGCUGACUGGUUGCUGCAAAUUGACGGACAAGGGGGUUCACCACCUGUUGAAGAUGACGAAACUCGAAAAACUACGUCUUGGACGAUGUAGAAAACUAACGGAUGGCGCUUUUGAUAGUUUUGCGUCGUCAUUCUUGACAUUGCGGGAGCUUGACGUUGCAUAUUGCCGAUUGAGUGAUAAGACUAUGCAGCACAUUGGUUGGAUCAAAAGCUUGGAGGUUCUUGUGAUCCGUGGCUGUCACGAGAUUUCGGAUGAAUCUAUGGCAUCACUAUGUGGAUUGACAAGUUUAAGGUACUUUGAUGCACGACACUGCAACAAGAUCCAUUCCAUUCGUACAGAGUGGACCCAGCUUCGAGUUGUGCUGCUUGGAUACACAGCAUUUGCCGAGUCCGAUGCACCAGCUUUGCAGUUCUUGACCGAGCUAGAAGAAUUAGAUCUUCGCACGUGCCGGAUUGCGAAAAGAGGAUUCCAGUCUAUCAGCGGCCUGAAGCAUCUUGAGAGACUGGAUUUAGCGGAGACCUCCCUAACAGAUUCUGGUUUGUUAGAGAUUUGCAACGGUACAAAAAAACUGAAAGCACUCAACAUCGCGGAUACAGACAUUAGUGAUAAUGGAACGUCCGGGCUCUCAAAACUGAAAGAGUUACGCAUGCUUUGCUUGGAUGCAAAAGGGAUCACCAAUAGAGCGCUAGUGAACGUGUCGUAUCUUUCACAACUCGAAAAACUGGAUUUGUUUAGCGCAAAUAUCACAGAUAACGGACUUUUGCAUCUGUUCCGGUUGCACAAUCUCCAAGAGCUAUCAAUUUGCGGUGGCAACAUUAGUGACCGUGGUGUGGGGAUCAUUUCAAAGCUGACGUCGCUGACAUCGUUAAACCUGAGUCAAAAUAGAAAUAUCAGAACCAAGUCGAUGUUUUAUCUUCGAUCGCUGACUGGUCUGCGAUGCUUGAAUUUGUCGAACACGGGCAUAUCGGCUCUCUCACUACGUCACUUAUCUCCUUUGAAGGAGUUGCAAUUUUUGUCUGUCUACGGGUGUUCAUUAUCACAAGGACACAUUGACGUCUUAAGAGAAAUAUUGCCAGCGUUGAAAUGCUUGCGGUGCACUUGA